AUGACCAGUAAGGAGAUCAUGGACGGGCCGGUGGCGGCCACGCGGCUGCUGGCGUACCGCAUCCAGAGUCCGCAGGAGAAGGAGGCCAUGCUCGCGCUGGAUCUGCUGGACACGUGCGCGCGCUCGGCCGGGCCCGGCUUCCAGAGCGAGCUGGGCAAGUUCCGCUUCCUGAACGAGCUGAUCAAGCUGCUGUCGCCGCGCUACCUGGGCGCCCGCUCGCCGCAGCGCGUCAAACAGCGCGUGGCGGACCUGCUGCUGAGCUGGGCACGCCUGCUGCCGCACGAGACCAAGAUCCAGGAGGCCUUCACCCUGGUCGAGAAGCAGGGUCUGCUGGCCAUGCACGGAAUUACGGCCCGCCAGAAUGGUGGCGCCUCGGAGCGGCCAGACCCGGAACUAGCCAAGGCCGAGCACGCCGCGCCGGAUGUAGCGCUGGAUCCCCAUCGGCCGCCCACUCCGCCGCUGCCAUCCACCGACAGACCUCAGAAUCCCAUCUUCGACGACAGCCAGAAGGCGGCGCUGCUGAAGCGUCUCCUUCAGAGCACAAACCCUGAGGACAUUCAAGCAGCCAACCGCCUCAUCAAGACCAUGGUGAAACAGGACGAGGAGCGUGUGGAGCGCGCCAGCCGCCGCGUCUCCGAGCUGGAGGUGGUCCGCACCAACCUGCGCCUGCUGGACGAGAUGAUGGACAAUUACUCGCCAGCGACCACCUCGCGGGACGAGCUGGAGCUGAUGGCGGAGCUGAAGACGUCCUGCGGCCAGCUCAGAGCCAAACUAGACAACCUGGCGGCGGAGACGGACGACCAGGACCCGGCGCUGGGUCAGUGGGGCACGCCGGGGUCACUUCUGCUGACUUUCACCCGGGGGAGGGACGACCAGGACCCGGCGCUGGGUCAGUGA